AAGUCCCUGCGUCUAUGGUCACCAUGGUGACAGGAUCAACUUCCGCCCUACCCACCUGCCCCCGCGAGGCUCACCAUGGCAACGGGACAUCUGUGUCUCCGAAGCUGGUUCCACCGGUUGCACCGUUAGGGCACUGCGGCAGACGCCGCACUAUCCCGAGAGGAGACUCGAAAAUGUACAGCCAGCGGUUUGGCAUCGUACAGCGGGAGGUUAAGGGCCCCACUCCCAAAGUGGUGAUGGUGAGAGCCAAGCCUCCCGAAGGCCAAAGGGCUGAGCAACAACUGGGAAGAAUCCUACGCAACUAUCAGAAACAUCAUGCUAUUUUGGAUUCCAUUAAGUCCUUAGAGCGGGAACGCUUGAAAGUUGACUGGUUCCAGCACAAUGACCGCAAAUUUAUGGGCAGUCUUGUGAAAGCAAGAAUGAAGGAUGCCAUGCAAGGAUUUAUCAUCAACACUGAAGAAAGACGAAAUAAGCUCCGUGAACUUUUAGCAUCAGAAGAAAAUGAGUAUUUUACUGAAAUGCAAUUGAAAGAAGAAACAAUUGAAGAAAGAAAAGAAAGAAUGAGAUAUAAAACCAGAUUAUUAAAAGAGAAGAAAGAAAAAGAGAGGCAAGAUUUUGUGGCUGAAAAGCUAGACCAGCAAUUCAGGGAACGCUGUGAGGAGCUCCGCACGGAAUUGCUUUCUAUCCAUGAGAAGAAGGUGUGCGAGGAGCGGAAAGCACAGGUUGCGUUUAAUGAGGAGCUGAAAAGGCAAAAACUGGUGGAAGAGCAGAUGUUCUGUAAGCUCUGGGAGGAAGACCGAUUAGCCAAGGAAAGGCGGGAAGCCGAAGAGGCGAGGAGACAGCAAAAGCUAGUGGAGAACACGCGUCUGGGGCUGAAUGCCCAGAUCACCGACAUGAACGCGCGAAGGCAGGCAGCGCAGCGGCUGAAGGAAGAGGAGGCGCGCCUUGUGGAAGACGAAAGAGCUCAGGUGAAGUUUGAGAAUGAGCAGGAUAAGCUACAGAAACAGAGGACAAGACAGAGACUCAGGGCCACUUUGGAAAAAGCCCUCCAGGAGAAGAUAGAACGUCUUCAGCAGGAGUACAGAGAAGAGCAGGACUUGAGCACGAAACUUGUGCAAAUGGCCCAGCAAGACUUACAUGACGAGGCUGAUAAAAACAAGCAAACAAGAGAAGAUAGGAUAAAAGAACAGAAGAUAUAUCGUCAAUAUUUGGCACAGCAGCGUGAGGAAGAACGUGCUCAGGAAAAAGAAUUGGACAGAAUAUUGGAAGAAGAGAAGGCAAAGCAGUGGGCGGAGAAGGACAAACAGCUGAAACUUGAAAAGGAGGCAAGGAAACAACUUGUGAAUGAGGUCAUGUGUACAAGAAAACUUCAAGUUCAAGAAAAGUUGCAACGGAAAGCGAGAGAGCUGGAAGAACGUGCGCUGGAACAGGAGCACAUACAGGAAGGUCUUAGAGAGCUUAACCGUGAAGAGAAGGAGACGUUUGUAAGGCGCUCCGGGUUAACCCAGGAGUACCAGAAGGAGCUUCAGAUGCAAAUGUCCUACCAGCAGCAGGCGCGGGAAGCACAGAAGGAAGAGGAGCGCCGGGAGCUGGAGGCAGGGAGAGCAGCAGACAAGAUGUGCCAGGACAAGAUCCAGGAGCUCCUGUGCCACUCCCGGGUGCAGCUCCGGAACGUCCACCCCAUGCGGAGGGCGUGCCCUGCGAAGCUCCCACCGUAGUUUCGUAAACAUCAGUGUUUUUUCAGUCUUUUAAUAUUUUUAACUAAAAUACACUUAUAUGUUCCUUUGAGCUCUAGAUAAACUUCCUUUUUCUCUGA